AUGCAGUAAUUUAAGUCAGCUAAUGCAUUCCCCUAAUCAACAGGCAAUCCAUUGACUGUUGAGAACUCUAUUUAAAACCCUCAGAUAAUAGGAGGUCAAAUUUAUGGGGACAUAGAUGCUUACGAUUCUAGAUUUUCUAACAUAGGCCUAAAUAACGACUUAAACUCCUCAUAGAUGGGAGAUAGUCAAAAUAGACGUAGGAAGAGAAGUGAGAGAGUCAAAUAAAGAGAACAGACACCAAACAAAUUAUUUGAUAAUGCCUACAAUGCUUACGGGUAAACUAAUCAUGACUGCAGAUUUGAUACAAGAGAGUCUGCUAUUUAAAAGGAAACAGAGAUUUCAAAUGUCUACACCAUCGACUAAUUUGCCAAUUUCCUUUUAUCCAAACAGUCCAGCAAUUACCAAUACUUUUAAAACGAUGAGCAAGUGGCUGAUAUAAAUCUCCUUGCUUAACAAUAACAACAACUCUAGCAAUAAAUUCAAGCUUAGUAGUAGUAGCAAUAAUAAUAGCAAGAUUUUUACCAAAGCUUUCUCCCUGUUAAGUAAAAUUCUCAGCAAAAUUAGCAAUAGAACCAAAAAGCUCUUGUAGAUUAUGAUGAUCAUUACAGUUAAAACGUGAGUGAUAGUAAUAGUAACAACAAUAUGUUUUCGUAGUUAGCUAAUAAUUACAUGGAGGGGAAUCCUCAAAGACAAUUCCAUAAUGUCUUUAAUCAAAAUAAUUUACAACACCAGGGUAGCAACUUGGAUCAAGCAAAUCAGGAUGAUAUGAACUAAAAUUAUGACGAUCAAUAGCAGAACGAUGAUUUCUAAAGAUUUAAAAAUUCUUCUCUAAAUCAUUAAAAUGUACUUGCUACAGAUCACAGUAUUAAUCAAAAUGCUCUUUUAUAUAAUGACCACCCUCAAUCAAAAGCAGACUCUCGAGCCAUGCAAGGUAACUUAAAUCUAGACUUAAACAAGAUGUCUCUAAAGGAAAGCCCAAUCAAAGGUAUGUAAAAUCAUGACAUAGAUCUUUCAUAUUACAAUAAAGAUGAUCCCCUUAGUGCUACACCAAGUGCUAUCAUGAAAAAAUGUAACUUUUCACCAGAGACUCCAAUCAGCCAAUUGAAUAACUUAGUGACAAUGAAUAAUAAUACUCCCUUGAAUCAAAAAUUUAAUAAUUAAAAUCAAUUCAUUGAUGACGAUAGCAACUUUGGAGAGGAUUAUGGAGAUGAUAAAAGCCAGUUUAAGGAAACAAUUAAGUCCUAAAGCACUGACAUCAGAAGUGCUAUUGCUGACUUGGAGAAUAUGAAUAAAAGAAACAUUAAUGGGAGAUAUACUGAACUAAGCAGGCCAAGUUCAAAUAAUAAGUACAAUCAACCUUAAUCAAAACCUCAUUCAACUGAGAGAAGAAUUGAAAGAUCUCAUUCAAAUAUAAAUACUUACAGAGAGCAUCAAAAUCAACCAUUUAAUCCUCAAUAACUUCAUAUCGAUACUAAAAAUCUUAAUAAGCCAUUAGACUAGCAAGACAUUGAUAAAGCUUUCCUUAUUAUGCAAUAUGAUUUGAUUCUCUAGUAAUUGAAUGACUAGAUUUAAAAGUUAUUGAUUAGAAAUCAAGAGCUUGAGCAAAGCAAUCUUCAAAGCGAGUUGAUCGUCUAACAAUAAAAUGGAAUUAUUUCUGAAAUGCAAUCUUAAGUAUAAGCUGAGAAACUAGCUUCUCAGUAGAGUGUUGAAUAACUCCAAUAGAUUAUUGGCCAAAGAGAAAUAAUCGAAACUGAAUUAGAGAAACACAAGUAAAUACUCUAAUUAUACUCAAAUGAACUUGAUCUCUCUAGACAACAAACAUUCGAUUUAGACCAAAGAUUAUAAAUUGCUUCACAGUAGAGUGUUGCUGCUCUGCGUUAGGAAUAAGAUGCUAAGGCUAAGAUUGAUGACUUAAUUGGGCGCGUCAGACAUCUAGAAACUUAACUAAGAAUAAAAGAGGAUGAAAUUUUCAAACUCAGAUAAGAUAACUAGAAUAUGUUUAGUGAUCUAAGAAAUAUUACUCAAACGGAAGAGUAAUACAAAGUAGAUAUUCUAGAAGGCAGAGGUAAGAGAUAGGAAUUAGAAAUCUAAAAUGAAGAUUUAAGAGAGAGAACUUCUAUCUAAGAACAGAAAAUUAAGAGCCUUUAAGCUGAGCUAGAAAAGGUAAAAAGAGAAACUAAUCAUAAACUUGAGUAAAGUAAAAUGAAUGAGUUAAAUAUGGAAGAAAUGAGAGAUGAGAAUAAGCAACUUAGGGACCGUCUUACUUAAAUAGAGUAGGAAAGGAUCAACUUAGUAUCAGAUAGGGAAAGAAAGGAUAGAGACAAUAAAAAUUUGUAAGCUGAACUUAACAGAAUGAGUCAAAUGGUUUAAACAUAUAAAAACAUGGCGUAAUAAAAUGAGUUAAGAAUGAACUAAUCAGCCUAAGAAGUAAAGGGAUAUUUUGGAGCAAGCAGUAAUAAGUCUGAUUAUGAUAAUGACAAUUCCAGUAGAAGUAAUGUGAGUUGGCUAAAUAGCAGCAAUAAUAACCCCGGUAAUAACAGAUAAGUCUUGAAAAAUACAGAUAUGAAUUCAUAUCAUAAAGGCCAGAAUAGCUUCACUGAUUAGUCGAAUACCAUAUCAUGGGUUCAUGGUCAAUCUAAUAACUAAACUUCAUAGUAGCCUAAUGAAGGGGUUUUUGGAGAUUAUUCACCUUUAAAAAAAUCAGAUCCUAAUGUUCCUUAUGCCUAGAGAUAAAAGAUGAUGUAGAAAAAUACUAAUUCCCCAUCCUUAAACCAGUUAUACGGAGAUAAAAAACCAGCUUACAAUUAGCACUAAUAACCAUCAUAAAUUGCUUGGGGUGGAAAUUCAGUUAAUGUAUAAUAAUAAUUCAACAAUACUCCAAUGGACUCUAAUCCAUAGAGUCAACUUCAACAGUUGAAAAAAGAAAAAUAAAGACUUGAGGGUGAAUAUUCAAAAAUACCAAUCACUAUAAAUGGUAAAAGUUUAUAGAUAAAGAAGAGAAAAGAAGAGCUUGAAUUUGAACUGGACGCAGUUGAAAAGCAAAUCUCAAGAUGCACACUCAAACUCAAAGAACAUAAUGGUUACUGA